GGGGUGCUUACCUAUCCUGAAAUCUCUAUAACCGCUUUUCAACGCUUCUAGAGACUUCAUACCUUCAACACCUAACAAAAGUUCUACUCAUAUCUAUGCUGCUUCAAAUCUAAGGCACAAAUGAACGCCAACCUCUUAGCCAAUUCAAAUUCACUCCACAAUCCAUGGCUAGAAUAUCCUGCGCUCGCCUAAAUCACAGAUAUCUCGCUCACCAGGCGGUGGCCAUUGUGACACCCCCGGUCGUCUUCUUCCUCGUCUCCUAUCCUAAUUCACCCCCAUGGGACGAUUUCGCCCUCAACGUGCUACUAUCUAUUCUCGGAUGGCUGCCCGGUAUCAUUCACGCCUCCAUGUUUCUCCACAAAGCCUAUCAAGUCAACAGCAAACAUAACGGGAAAGGCUCACCUAUCCGCCUUUCGUCGAUGCACCUCUCGUCACACGCUGCCUCUGGUGAAUUCACGGAAAAUGAAGACACCAAUGACCUCAUCGACAAGACCGAUCAAGCGUCCAUCCGUGAAGCGCAAUUUUCACCUUCCGCCGUGGUGAUCUCACCUUCUCCGGAUCCAUCCCCCGCCUUGAUACAGAGUCCCGAGGCCAUAUACGUCCAAGAACCAACUCCCGGGCGCGUAUCGGAUGACUCCUCCCUACGCCGCCGUACCUCUAUACUCUCGCCCCUCCCACCAUCAUUCCAGCUCGCCGUGCCUCGUCAUCGGUACGGCCACCACGCAACUGCACAAUCCUCCGCAUCGUCUGUCACCAGCGACCACUCCAUAGCAGGCUCCAUCAAGUCAUCAGUCCAUUCAGUCUUGUCUGUAUUCAGUAUCAGCACCAUCUCCAGAGACCCCGCGAUCCACGACCAUAAAUCACAGUGCCAGCAAUGCACUCGUUGCCAUAGCUGCUUCCAGCUAUACGCGAAACGCGCGAAGCACUCCAGCCUGGAAAACACAGAACCCGGAGGCCCAUGCGAUAUCGAGGUGCGGAGGAAACAUCACGAAGCGAGGCACCAUCCACUUCACUGUAUAUGCGAAGCGUGCACUGGGGAUGGCCACAUACCUCGCGACUACGGAGAACACGCCAGGGGCUGUCGGUGUUCAUUGUGUCGGCAUGAGGGUCCGGGGCACACCAAGAGACCCCACGAGCCGAACCCAUGGAUCUAUGGUCCUCAGAACCAGGUUAUAACGGGAAGUAUCGUCGGCGGAAUGGGUCAUGGCAUGGGAUGGUGAUGCCGACUCCCUUUCGUGAGAUGGAUGCUUUCUUUGCUGAGAACAAUAUUUAUGGAAGGCGGGAAUUGAAGUGAUGAUAUUAC